AUGUACUCAUCCACAUCAUUCACCAACUACUUUUCUUCCCUUCUCGGUGCCACCACCACCACCACAGCCAAAACAGCCGACCCGGCAAAAGAGAAACAACAUGACUCAACUCCUAUCCCCAAGUCAUUUAUCAUCAGCACGCCCGAAGAGAAAAUCAUUCGUAUUAAUAUGAAGAGUGUUAGACUCAAAGCUGAUGAUGGAAACAGCAAGAGCAACGCCAAAGGCAAAGAUAAUGGAAACAACGGGAAAGACGGAGUGGACACUUCUGCGGGUGCCGCUGAAACCGAAGUCGAUGGCGACGAUGAGGAUUUCAUAUCGAUUAACAAACGCCAAUUGACUUAUGCCGAAGUAGCUGCAAUUGCUGUUAAACUGGGUAGAAAGUAA